AUGGAUGAUAACCGCCAGGAGCAACAAUCGCACGAUGGACCCGCCGGCAUGAAUCCAGAUGGCGUUAUCGAGUCUAACUGGAACGACUCGUAUGAUAACUUCGACCAGAUGGGUCUCCGUGAGGAGCUCCUGCGUGGUAUUUAUGCAUACGGUUUUGAGAAACCGUCUGCCAUCCAGCAACGCGCAAUUGUGCCGUGUCUGAAAAUGCGCGAUGUCAUUGCCCAAGCUCAAUCCGGUACCGGAAAAACAGCUACAUUUUCGAUCGCGAUUUUGCAGCUGAUCCAAACCGAGCUGCAGCAAUGCCAGGCGCUGAUUCUGGCUCCGACUCGUGAGUUGGCGUCGCAGAUCCAAAAGGUGGUCAUCUCGCUGGGUGACUUCUUGAAGGCCCAGUGCCACGCAUGUAUCGGCGGCACCAACGUGCGCGACGAUAUGCGUCGCCUAGAGCAGGGAUGCCACAUCGUGGUCGGUACGCCCGGUCGUGUCCACGACAUGAUCUCGCGUAACGUACUGCAUACGAAAGAAAUCAAGCUGUUCGUCCUGGACGAGGCUGACGAGAUGCUGUCUCGUGGUUUCAAGGACCAGAUCCAGGACGUUUUCCAGAAGCUGCCGCAGGACGUACAGGUCAUUCUGCUCUCGGCAACAAUGCCCGCUGAUGUGCUCGAGGUGUCACAGCAUUUCAUGCGCAACCCGGUCAAGAUUCUGGUGAAAAAGGAGGAACUGACACUGGAAGGUAUCAGACAAUUCUACGUGGACGUUAAGUUCGAGGAUUGGAAGAUUGGUACGCUGUGUGAUCUGUAUGAUACGCUCUCGAUCACGCAGGCGGUUAUAUUCUGCAACACCCGUCGCAAGGUUGAUCAGCUGACGGAGCAGAUGACGGAGAAGACGUUCACCGUGUCCGCCAUGCACGGCGACAUGGAGCAACGCGACCGUGAUCUGAUCAUGAAGCAGUUCCGUACCGGUUCUUCGCGUGUGUUGAUCACCACGGAUCUGCUCGCACGAGGUAUCGAUGUACAGCAGGUGUCCUUAGUUAUUAAUUACGAUCUCCCCACGCUGCGGGAGAAUUACAUCCACAGAAUUGGACGUGGUGGACGUUUCGGUCGUAAGGGAGUUGCCAUCAACUUCGUUACCGAGCAAGACAAGCGGGUUCUCGCCGACAUCGAGAAGCAUUACAAUACUACUAUUGAGGAAAUGCCAGCCAAUCUGGCUGAUUUGAUUUAA